AUGGAUCAAGACCAGUACGGCCAGAGCUACUUCCCCCGCCCGGGAGCUGGAAUGCCCUCAACAGCUACCACGGCCGCCGGCACUCCUCUGCGCCCCGGCACUCCCAACACAGAAAACAGCCGCAACCCCUUUGGCGAUGGUGCCGAGUCCCAGGCUUCCCAUCGAGGCCCCGUCACCACCAACCCAUUCGGCACACCCGCCGUCUCCCGUCCUGCUUCGAGCUUCGGCUCAUCCAGCGCCAUUGGAACCCGCUUCGACGAGCGUUCCUCGCGUUACUUCCACUCGAGACGUAUCCGCAAGGAGGACGUUGAGAAGCCCUGGUUGGACAAGGCCGACCCCAAGGAGAAAUGGGUCACCAUCAUCCCCAUCGUCGGCAUCUUCAUUGGUCUCGCCGUCUCGGGUUUCCUUGUCUGGGACGGUAUCCGCAGUGUCGUCAAGCACAAGUACUGCCCUGUGCUCAUAGAGGACUUCACCUCGGGCAGCCUCGACUCCAACGUCUGGACCAAGGAGGUGCAGGUUGGCGGCUUUGGCAAUGGUGAAUUCCAGAUGACCACCGCCGACGAUGAGAACGUUUUUAUCCAAGACGGCAACCUUGUCAUUCGUCCCACUCUCACCGAUUCGGCUCUCAUUGAGAAGGACACGGAGAUUGACCUGCUCAAGGAUGGAACGUGCACUUCGGACCAGCCCUCGGCCUGCAUUGCUGCCACCAACACCACUGCCGGUAACUCCUCCAUUGUGCCCCCCACCAAGUCCGGCCGCAUCAACACCAAGAAGGGCGCCACCCUUAAGUAUGGGCGCGUCGAGGUUGUUGCCAAGCUGCCCAAGGGCGACUGGCUCUGGCCCGCCAUCUGGAUGAUGCCCGUCCAGGACACGUACGGUGCCUGGCCUCUGUCUGGCGAGAUUGACAUUCUCGAGUCCCGCGGCAACAACUACACGUAUGACCAGGGCGGCAACAACAUUGCCUCGUCCGCUCUUCACUGGGGUCCCGACCAGGCCAACGACGCUUGGUGGAGAACCAACAACAAGCGCCAGGCCCUGCACACGACCUACUCGGAGGGCUUCAACACUUUUGGCCUCGAGUGGUCCCAGAAAUACCUCUUCACCUACAUCAACAGCCGUCUGCUCCAGGUUCUCUACACCAACUUUGACGAGCCCAUGUGGCAGCGUGGUGACUUCCCCCAGACCAACUCCAACGGCUCCCGCCUGGAGGACGUCUGGAGUCAGACUGGCCGCCCCAACACGCCCUUUGACCAGCGCUUCUACCUCAUCAUCAACGUCGCCGUCGGAGGCACCAACGGCUGGUUCGAGGAUGGCAAGUCUGGCAAGCCGUGGGUUGGAACCAGCCCCAACGCCAAGAAGGACUUUUGGCAGGCCCGCGACCAGUGGCUCCCCACGUGGACCUCGCCCGAGCUUACUGUCUCCAAGGUCUCCAUGUGGCAGCAGUGCGACGGCGACGAGGAGCUGUAA